AAAGCGCAUUACUUUACGUGCGCAUUACAAUUUUGCUGCCUCGGCCUAGUUGCACAAUGGGGCGAAGGCUGCUAGAACUUGAAGUCUUGCAGCUAGUUCAAGUCUACCGACUCUACGCAGAGAAGGUGGCUGCAAUUGUGCAGGGCGCGAGGAGGGCGCAUUGGGGCGAUUGCCAGCGUGACCUAGCGUUUGGUAAUACUGGGAUGGGCGAGUGGCUUCGAAUGGUGUAAAAGAUCCUGAGGGACAGAUUGUACGAAGUUUUGCACCUGGCAAACAAGCGAGUAGGAUAGCUCUUGAAAAAUGGCUUCAACGGCAUGCGCUGGGGCCGUGCAGGCUGUCCGCUGCUCGGUGAGGACUAUGGACACAAGGCCUUGCCAGAGUGGGCAGAAGGGCCCAGCUUCAAGCUUUGUCCCUCGCCAGUUGGUGAGGCCUUCUUGCACCGCAAAUGUCCUGAGGAGCGCAGCAAAGCUCCCCUCUCGGCGGCAGUUGCCUCGGGUCGCCGGCCCAGUGCGGGCCGUUGCAGAAGUUGCCGAGGAUGAGGACGCAGUGAGGUCGGUUGCGGACGAGUUGGCAGGGGACGAGGAGUGGGUUGGCGAGAUCCCCACGAUGUUCCCGGAGACGGACGGGAAGCGGCCCCGCCAGCCCCGGAAGAACGAGCAGAAGAUUAAGAUCAAGCUGCGCUCGUACUGGGUGCCCCGUAUUGAGGAGGCAACCAACCAGAUCAUGGAGGCCGCUAAGAGCACCGAGACCAAGGCCGCGGGACCCAUCCGGUUGCCAACGCGGCGUCGGCGGUGGACGGUGUUGACGUCACCUCACGUCAACAAGGAUGCACGGGAGCAGUUUGAGCUGCGGACGCACAGACGGCUUAUAGAGCUGAUCAACCCGACCGCACAGGCCGUUGACGCGCUCAUGCAGUUAAACCUGCCGGCAGGGGUCGACGUUCAGGUUAAGUUGUCAUAGAAGAAGUUUCGGAAGGACGGGCUCUUGGGCGGACUUUGGAUGUGAUCAUUGAUAUUGAAUACAAGUGACCCUGCUGAUGAUGGUGAUUGCGUCAGCAAGUGGUUUCGUGAAUCAGGUUUAUCCAAGAAGGUGUGCUUCAAAACUUGAAUUGAGCUGUGCUUCAUGGAGAAUCUGUUGCAAGGGGUUUGGCGCUGCGACUCCAUGCAGUGUGGCCGACUUUGCAAUCGGCAGUGGAUUGGACUCGGCCCAUGCAACUCCAUAUAUAAGCUGAU